GGCACUGCAUGGUUGAGCCCUGCUCUUCUCAGAGCUACCGCCUAGCGCAGGCCUCUCCAUCCUCCAUGAGUGUGAGCUUCCAUGCCAUUCAUCUCCAAGCGGUUCUGUGCGCCAUCACUGACAACUUCCUCCGCAUCUCAUACACACUGGGCUGUUCCCCUACUAAAAUUCUCCAAGCCACAUGUUGUUACACAUUUCUUUCCUCUGCCAUGCUCCCAGCUGGUCCAUGCUGUUUUGAUGUGUCUGUUUGCAUAGCACUGUCAGACUCUGUGCAUGAAAGGUGUGUGGUCCACACGAAUGGUUUUAAAAAUGUUUCUUUGAAGAAAACCUACCUCAGUAAUCAGCGGAAAGAUGGAAAUUUGAAACCCCAAUGAUGGAAGUCAGGGACUUCUCCUUGAAUCUUUGUCAGAGGAGAACUUAACAUACAUUGACAAAGAAAAAAAAAAAAACAUUAAAAUAUGACUGUGAUCUCUGCCAAUGUAACGGAUAUGAGAGCCUUUCCUAAAAAAAUCCAAGGAAAGUAGGCAUUGGUGACAUAUAAAGAGAUGGGGCCUAACCAUAAAUGAAAGGCUUAGAAGUACAAAUAUACAUUACAAAGUAGAUACAGCCAUGCAGAACUCAAAUAAAUGUCAUGGCUAGCUUUUUCUUGAUCACCAAGUAUCAGUGCAAAAAGAGACCCACCCAGAACUGAACUCAGUGGAAAACAGUACUGGGCUUCUCACGCACUGCUUUCUGAAAAAUUGAAUAGAUUCUACCAGCCACUGUAUUGUACUCUCGGAGAUAAAGGAUGAUUCUAGAACUUUUUUCUUCACUUAGAUAAGAAAACCCCAAUGCUCGCAGCUCCUCUACUGGAUAAUAAUGGCAAAUAAUAAAGGGAAGACAAAAAUAUAAAAUAAAAAAUAUAGUGAGACCAGCAAAGAGAAGGCAGAGACCUCUGCUAUAAUAGUAAAGAACUUAGAAAAUUCAUUAACAGAAGUACCAUACAGACUGUCUAUUCUUUUUCAAUCAUUUCUUCAAAGGAUGAAUUUGGUGUUUUAGACCGGAGACACAGCUUAGCUUCUGGUUAUUUUUCCAGUCCUUCCCCACCAAGUUUGCUAUAUUUGACUGUAGCUGCUAUAAAGACAGGCUUUGAAGACAUGCGUAGUGUUGGCUGCUCAAAGUCUGGCUGGAGCCAAAAUAUGCUGGUCAGAUGUUGUGGUCCUCUGUUUUUCGAUCGCUAAUCCCAAUUCCCUAAAUCAUGUGAAAACCAUGUGGUAUCAAGAAAUCAAGCACUUUUGCCCUCGCACACCUGUUGUCCUAGUUGGCUGCCAGCUUGAUCUCCGCUAUGCCGAUCUGGAGGCUGUUAAUCGAGCCAGACGUCCGUUAGCAAGGCCCAUAAAGAGAGGUGAUAUUUUGCCCCCAGAAAAAGGUCGCGAGGUUGCGAAGGAACUUGGUAUACCAUACUAUGAAACAAGUGUGUUUGACCAGUUUGGAAUCAAGGAUGUAUUUGACAAUGCAAUCCGAGCAGCACUGAUUUCCCGCCGACACCUGCAGUUCUGGAAGUCCCACUUAAAAAAAGUCCAGAAACCUUUACUUCAGGCUCCCUUCCUACCUCCAAAAGCCCCUCCACCGGUCAUCAAAAUUCCAGAGUGUCCUUCCAUGGGGACGAACGAAGCUGCCUGUUUACUGGACAAUCCUUUGUGUGCCGAUGUCCUGUUCAUCCUCCAGGACCAGGAACACAUCUUUGCACAUCGAAUUUACCUUGCUACCUCUUCUUCCAAAUUUUACGAUCUUUUCUUAAUGGAAUGUGAAGAAUCCCCAAAUUGGGGCGAAGCAGUUUGUGAAAAGGAGAUACAGAGCAGGGAAUCCCAGGGGCGGACACUGAGUCUUGACCCAGCUGAGGAAGGGGAGGAAGACCCCCCUAGGACACCUCAGGGUGAUCAGGGGACAUCCUCAUGCCAGAUCCCCUUGGAGACUCUGGGGCUGGAAGCCGAGGGUUCAGUUCCCGAGACGCAGACACUGUCAGGCUGGAGUAAGGGGUUCAUUGGCAUGCACAAGGAAAUGCAGGUCAAUCCCAUUUCGAAACGAGUGGGGCCCGUGACUGUGGUCAAGAUGGACUCAUCGGUGCAGUCAGGACCUUUCCGGACUUUGCUCCAGUUCCUUUACACAGGGCAGCUGGACGAAAAGGAAAAAGAUUUGGUGGGGCUGGCUCAGAUUGCAGAAGUCCUAGAAAUGUUUGAUUUAAGGAUGAUGGUGGAGAACAUCAUGAAUAAGGAAGCCUUUAUGAACCAGGAGAUCACGAAAGCCUUUCAUGUCAGGAAAGCCAAUCGGAUAAAAGAGUGUCUCAGCAAGGGGACAUUCUCAGAUGUGACAUUCACUUUGGAUGACGGAACCAUCAGUGCACACAAGCCGCUGCUGAUCUGCAGCUGUGAGUGGAUGGCUGCCAUGUUUGGGGGGUCCUUUGUGGAGAGCGCCAACACUGAGGUGUAUCUCCCAAACAUAAACAAGAUAUCAAUGCAAGCAGUGUUGGAUUAUCUCUAUACCAAGCAGUUGUCACCUAACUUGGACCUGGACCCACUGGAAUUAAUCGCCUUGGCAAACAGAUUUUGCCUGCCACACUUGGUUGCACUUGCAGAGCAGCAUGCGGUUCAGGAACUGACCAAGGCUGCCAUGAAUGGUGUGGGCAUCGACGGGGAAGUGCUUUCCUAUCUGGAACUGGCCCAGUUUCACAAUGCCAACCAGCUGGCUGCCUGGUGUUUGCACCACAUCUGCACCAACUACAACAGUGUUUGUUCCAAGUUCCGCAAGGAAAUCAAAUCAAAAUCUGCAGACAACCAGGAGUACUUUGAGCGGCACCGCUGGCCCCCGGUGUGGUACCUGAAGGAGGAAGACCACUACCAGCGUGUGAAAAGGGAGCGAGAAAAGGAAGAUAUUGCACUAAAUAAACAUCACUCAAGACGCAAGUGGUGCUUCUGGAAUUCAUCUCCAGCAGUGGCCUGAAGAGGAAGCAAAAAACACCCAGUAAUCUGACACACCGCUUUUCAAAGCACUACUGUAAAAUUAGUCGUCUUCUUAGAGAUGCGAUAGAGUUCAGGUUUCAGGCACUGACCUUCUUCCACUUUUGUGCAUUUAUCUUUGUUAGGAUCAAAGCACAAGCUCACCAUCCAUGAGCCUGGACAAAAAGGGAAGCUGACUCUCACUGCAUUCCUUAAACUAAUACUUCUAUUUUUUGUUAGACGGCUUAAUAAACUUUAGUCCGUUACUUUGUUUCUUUUUAUACAAAGAAAAUAUUCAGCUUUCAUGUUUCAGAUUCCAAAUUGGAAAAUAUUUUUAUAUGGUCUCUUGUAUUUUGUUGAAAUAAAAAUACUAUGUAUUACCUUGUUUUACAGGCCACAAAUUGACCAUGACAUUGCCUUGUGAGUCUCUGGGCCCACAUGACCACUGAGCAUGAUGUAAUUAGAGGGUUAUCUUUUUGUUGUGAAGUAAAAGGUUGGGCUGGAAUCUCCCAGCGUGCAAGUUGAAAGUGCUUAAUCUUUGUUCUGCUGAAUAACAUCAGUAUAAUUACCAACUCAACUCCAAGAAUGUGUAUUUACAAUAUUUGCUGUGUAAGUGCUAGUAAUUAUAUGGUUAUAUGUGCCAUGUAAAAUAUAGUGAUAGCAAAUAUUCCUUGUUUAAAAUGUCUUAGAUUCAAGAGGGUAAUCUUUAUAAUCAUUAGAAGGGCUUAUUAAAUUACAGCAUUAUCCAGGGCAGACCUCCUGGCGGACCUGAAUACAUUCAAUACCGUUAGAGCAUUGGUGUGUGGAUUGCUGAAUUAGGGUUCUUGUCUCUCAGUAUUCCUUGGUCUCGCCAUGCUUCUGCAUGCAGACUCUCCACUGACUUGAACUGAGAUGGGCAGGGAAAAGGUCCCUAGACUUUUCUGACCAUCUACAGGUUUGUCACAUUUUACUACCGAAACAGGCUUCCUCGGGUCUCCCACCUGUGGCCGGUUUCAUUUUGUACAACAUUGUUUUUAACUCUUCCCAGGGAAAAUUCAUGUUGCUGCAGGAACAGGCUAAGGUGGGACACCAUGCCUGCUGAAAUUUAGCGGGGCCUUUGAGAGCACACAUCUGUAGGCGGAGUCUCCACCUUCCCCAACACAGAAAGGAAUCUAAUCCCAGGAGUCUAGGAUAUGGUGCUAUCGUGAGUUAGUUUUGACCCUUGGUCCUUCUAAGUUCUCAGUGUUAAAAUAUAAAACGUUGAGCCGGAAGCUUUCAAGAGAUAGUCAGUCACUGCUUCUCUAUAAAUUCAAAUACUGCAGCACACACAGAGCAUUGAAGGCCACAGCUCCAUACUUGCUGUGGGAUGCCAUGUGGCCGGGAUGGGCUCAUCCCGCUGCAAAGUCAACUUUCCAAUGUUAAGGGCUGCUGACUUUCUUUUAACUUUCUUUUAGCUUUUCCAAAGAUGGAAAAGAGACAGUUGACUCCAAACCCCAGUGCUACAGUGCUAUGCAUUUGAAAAUCUCUACAUUACAGAUGGGCAUAGUGAUUCCCUGCAAAGGAAACACACAAGAGCUUAGAGAGGCCCAGAAACACAUCACCUCUCAUGACAAAAGAGGCAGCAGUGGAGUGAGGAUGCUGACGAGUACAUCCACUUUAUUCUUUAAAAUAAGGUUGUAAAUUAUUAAAGAAAGGAGACACGAGUCCAAAUGAGAGGAUAAAUGUCAAGGCUCUGAAAGAAUUGACAUGUAUCCCAUCAUAAGAUAAUAGAGGUUGAGUUUUCAUGAGUAGUCAUAGUUUGAAUUUAUACAACCAAAGUUCCCAUUUAUUGUGAUCUUGCCAAAAUGUAAUGGACAUAUAAAUGAACAUGGGGUACAAGCAAUAAUAUCCACUAAUGUUGUUAUCAGCUACUGUGACCAAGUGGCUGGUUCAUUUGGUUGAUGCUGAUUAUGGCCUUUUACCAUGGUGGUUUGUUUCAUGUUUUUUAUUUCACAAAAAGCCAAUAAAACUGUUUAGCUAUAAAA